AAUUUUAUCCAGAAAGCAAAAACCGGGAGACUGAUCUGGACAGUUCGCUAUGGCGUCUUUCGCUUCCGCGGUCGCCAUCGGCGGGCCAGCAAGAGGCGCGAUCCCGCCGCCGUUGUCGCCCUCCCUGAGAUCCGGCCGCUCCUUCUGCCCUCCCGCCGUCUCGCUCCCCGCCGCGCGAGGGGGUGCCGCCUCCCGCCGCCGCCGCCGCGGCGGAGGGGGAAAGAGGGCGGCCGCGCUCGCGGUGAGGGCGAUGGCGCCGGCGAAGUACGAGGGCACGCGGCUGAGGGAGGAGCGCCUGGCGGAGAUGAUAGAGGAGAAGGUGAGGGAGGCGAGGGAGGUCUGCGAGGGGGACGCGAGGUCCGACGAGUGCAAGGUGGCGUGGGACGAGGUGGAGGAGGUGAGCCAGGCGAAGGCCGAUCUCAGGCUCAGGCUGGAGAAGCAGCAGGACCCGCUCGAGUCGUUCUGCGAGCAGAAUCCCGACACCGACGAGUGCCGCCUCUACGAAGAUUGAAGGAAUCGAAGAUCGGGGGCCGCCUCCGCUUCCGGUGAUCGGCUUCGCCGGUUCAGUUCCGAAGGUCGGAGAAGUGUGUGUACAUGUGUGCGUGCUUGUGACGGCGAUGUGUCUUUUGCUUUUGUAUGCGUUCUGGGGAACUGGUGCUCCGAAUGCUAUUGGUGCACAGUUGUGUUCAUGUAUCUGAGAACAUUUGCCUAAUGACUAUAGCACCUUUCGAA